GCAGGUCUGGUUUCCGUUCUUUUCUUUCUUCUUUACUGAAAUGGAAAGAAUGUUGAGGGAAAAGGAAGGUAAUAUGAAACACAAGGCCGAUGAAAGUGACUCACAGUAAAGCGACACGUCAAGGACACACUUCCCCGUGUGCUGCAGGUGUGGAUUCCUCGCCUGUUGAUUCCUCGCUGCCUUCAUAACCUGAGCGGCGAGGCGAGGCAGGUGAAGCGUGAUGGGACGAGAAGCGAAAAGUUAAUAAAUGAAACAAACACUCACUAACAGAUCCUCAAGACGGGAAAACAAGACAUAAAAUUAUUCAGUCAUGGCUGCCCCUCCUCUUCACGGAGCUGGUGUCCGGCAAAAGUGAAUAACUGAAACAACUCGUUAACAGAUCAUCCGGUGCUACAAAACUGUUCGUUGACUGAAGAAAAACAAGACACAGCAUGGCUGCCACCAUGACCCCGUCAGUCCUUUUCACUGAGCUGGUUGUGUGGGAAAGGUGAAUAACAGAAACAAGCCAAUAACAGAUCUUCCAGUGCUAUAAAACUGCUCUAUAGACGAACAAACAAGACAAAGCAUGGCCACCGCCAUGGCCCCGGCGGUCAUCAUUACGGAGCUGCAGGUGUCGGAGAGCUACAUGGGAGCAGGGAGUCUCGAUGACAAUGUGUCGUUCUUCGGAGCCUCAGCGAACUUCACGACUCCCGGCGCCCUCGAGCUGCUCACCAACGCCUCGCACUCUCCACUCGAGAGGAACUUUUCCGCCGCCGAGAACGGCGGGGCGGACAGCGAGUGGAUGCGCGUGGCCGAGGAGCUCAACUGCAAAACCUUCCUGGAAAACAUCACGUCCUUCCGGACCAACUGCCUGCCCCUCGACGACCCCAUGGAGAUGACGAAGCCCCACAAGGCCAACCCGAGCUUCGUGCCCAUCGUGGUGACUCACGCCCUCACCUUCCUGCUCGGCGUGUCCGGGAACAGCAUCAUCGUCUUCUCCAUGGCCAAGGACAAGGGCACCAGGAACGUCACCAGCUGGUUCCUGGUGUCCUUGGCGGUGGCGGACCUGCUGCUGCUGCUGCUCUGCGUGCCGCUGGAGACGCUGCAAUACUUCCUGUGGACGCCCAACUACACGCUGCCGGUCUGCAAGCUGUCCUCCUACUUCGAGCUGCUCUCCGCCGUGGCCUCCGUGCUCAACCUCACCGCCGUCAGCCUGGAGAGGUACCUGGUGAUCGUGUACCCCAUGAGGUCCCGCUCCUUCUGUACCUUGAGCAACUGUCGCCGGGCCAUCCUGGGCGUGUGGUGCAUCUCCCUCGUGCUCUCCGUGCCCGCCGGCUACACGCAGGACGUGUAUUCAGUGACCUACUUCAACGUGACCCACAACGUGACGGUGACCCACUGCGACACGGGCGGCGACCACGACCUGACUUUCGCCGUCUACCGCCUGGUCAUCGUGUUCCUGCUGCCCGCCCUCUUCAUGUCCUUCUUCUACGCGCGGGUCAUCAAGGCGCUCUGGGUGUCCACCAAGACCAUGUCCGCCAUGACGCGCGUAUACAGCAUCUCGUCCCAUCACUCGCUGGCUUCGUGCUCCGUCACCUCGGGUUUCGUGCACUCCUCGCCCUCGGUAACGUCUGGCUUCGCAGCACUCCACGCCUCCUGCCCCGUCCGACGCUGCGUGCACCGCCAGAGGUCCGGAGAGGAGGUGAAGCAGGCCAGGAAACAGGUGAUCAAGAUGCUGAUUCUGGUGAUCAUCUUGUUCAUGGCGUGCUGGGGCCCCAAGAUCGUCUUUUUCGUGUUUCAAAAGAACGGUUUCUCGCAGGAGUCGUUUAAGCCUCUCGUCUACAACAUUAGGAUCUGUUUCGGCCUCCUUCCCUUCGUCCACUGCUGCCUCAACCCCAUCAUCUACAGUUUCAUGUCCACGAACUUCGGGCGGAUGAUGCGGCGUUCCUGUGCCCAAGACAACUGCUCCACGCUGCUCAACAACCUGUGUCUGGGCACCGCCAGGUACAGACACAGGGCGGAAGACCACGAGGUUGACAACCCGCCUGGAAUGCUCCUGACCGAGCCACCCACCCCGCCCUCCAUCCCCUCAGAGCCUCUAUACCUCGAGAAUGGUGUUGGCUACGACCUGGCAAACACAUCUUUUCUGGACCUGAACGGCCACACCCCGAGCCCCUCAAUUCACCCUCGGCCCAACAGCGUCGAGGAUAACUAACGCUCCACACUCCUCCUUGGGGCACACCACCUCCAUGUGUAGGAGGAGCACCUUUUCACUUCUUAUCUCUCACCACCUUCCACCACUCUCCCUGUUAUUGUCCUCGCCUCAUCACCACCUCCAUGUCCCUUCAUCCACUGUCACUCCCAUAUCACUUCAUUGUUCCCUACUUUCCUCCUACCAACACCCAAUUAUUUCCCUCAUCACCUUCCCUUUCACCCUUCCCCAUCACCGUUACGUUGUCUCCCUCCCUCCCCCAUCAUCAUCUUCCCCCUUUUCCCUACCCUCCCCUUCGCCAUCCGUCCAACCCUCCCCACCAACCUUCAUACAAUUGGAGAUGGAUUUUGGCAGCCUCGAUUCCAAGUCCCAACUCAACGCCCACACGGCAGACCUUAACCCCGGCCCCCCGCCUCCCGACGCUGCCCCGCCCUUGUCGAACCCACGAAGAACGCUGAGGAAGGGAAGCCAGGACUAAAUUGCCCCCAGGACCCAUUCGAGAGGCGUGUUCCGCUCAUGCCGUGCAGAAACAGGGACACGAGGGCCAGGGUCACGGUAGAGGCCAGGAGCACCAUCAGUAGCCCCGACGGGAAGGCUCGCUAAGAUAUGUUGGGCCUCGUUUAUCCAGACCACCUCGUGCAAAUCCGGCGCAGGUGUGAUGGACGGCAUGGUGCAGCUGGCCAGACAAAUGGUGACAACGGAGGACGUGGAGAUACGGACUUCGGCCCUCAAGUUUUGUGCCGCUGACCAGAAGAGGUCUUGCUGCGGCGGGAAGAAGGACGUCUGAUGCUCGUCGUGUCGUGGUGGUCUGGCGGCUGAAAACAAGAGACGGG